AUGUUGGGACUAAUAAUAACAAAUUUAAUAACUACCAAAGAAAUGUCACAAACAUUACAUUAUAAAAUAUCAGGAUUAAUGGGUUCAACAUCAUUAGCGUGUUGGAUAGUUUUAUUAAUGCCUCAAUUAAUUGAACAAUGGAGAUUAAAAUCAGCAGAAGGUAUAGCUAUUGGAUUCAUAAGUAUUUGGUUUUUGGGUGAUUUUUUUAAUUUAAUUGGAGCCAUAUGGGCAGGAUUAUUACCUGAAGUUAUAUUUUUAGCUAUUUGGUUUUGUAUUGCUGAUUUUUUAAUGAUUUUUAGUUAUUUUUAUUAUACUAAAAUAUAUAAGAAGAAAUUACAUAAAAAACAUCAUCAUCAUAGUCAUCAUCAUUCACAUCUUGAGGGAGAAAGAGAAUUUAUUGAUGUCAAUGAAACAACUCCAUUAACUGAUAGUACCAGUACAAGAAGAAGAAGAAGAAGUUCAACUUUAACUGAUAUUGCAAUGGAACCACAAUAUCAUUCAAUAUUUAUAAAAUAUAUCUUACCUAUUAUAUUUGUUGUAUCAUGUGGAGUUAUUGGAUUUUUAUUAUCUUCUUCAUCAAUGUCAGAUAAUCAACCAGUUGAUGAUUUACCAAUUGAAAAUCCUAUAAAAUUAGGUCCACAAAUUAUGGGUUAUUGUUCUGCAUUUUUAUAUUUAGGUGCAAGAAUUCCUCAAAUUUUACAAAAUUACAAGAAAAAAUCAGUAUUUGGAUUAUCUUUAUUAUUUUUUUUAUUUUCAACUUUAGGGAAUUUAACUUAUGCUUUACAAAUUUUAUUUUUUAGAUUUGAUAAAAGUUAUAUCUUGUUAAAUUUAAGUUGGUUAUUAGGUAGUUUAGGUACAAUUUUAGAAGAUAGUAUUAUUUUUAUACAAUUUUAUAUGUAUAGAGAUAAUAUUGUUGUUAAUGAUAAUGAUGAACAUUGA